AUGAGUCGACUAGUAAUUGAUAUAUCAGAAUUAGAUGUAAUACGAGGGAAUACAGCACCUAUACGAUGUAGAGUCAUUGCGCAGUACAUCGAUAUAGAGCUUAUUAACAAUUCAGAUUAUUUUGCGAAGAUGAUCAUUAAAAAUAUAGCUGACUUCGAGAAAGAUAAUGAUGUAAGACAUGCCAUAUUCAUGGGUGAAGAUGUAUAUUCGGUGGCAUUUCUUAAAGAUGAGAAGUUACAAAAAGGUGAUGCUUUAGAUCUAUACAUAGCUUUAUGGAACAAUGAUAUUACUGAUGCUUCGUUUUGGGAACUUCUAGACGUUCAUAAGACAACUGUAAAUGAGAUACAUGCCCUUAGAGACUUUAUUAGGACACCAGAAGGCAUUAAUUUUUUACAAUUAUCAGCAGUUUAA